CUCUGACCGAAGAAAACUCUGCGUAUGAUGGAGGCAGAUGUACCAGAAUCCUCUACAACGGAGGACGUGCAUUCACUGCGAGACCUGAACCAGGACCCCCUCCAGGAGGGUGUCAGGCAGGAUCCGGACCAGGUUCAGGGGGCAGAUCAUCCUGAUGACAAAGCAGAGGAGAAGAGAGGUGAUCCAGCUCCUCCUCAGGAGCAGCAGGAGGAGCAGAGAGGAGACCAGAGUCCAGCAGGAGCUCCAGCGUGGCCUCUGGAUCCGGAUCGAGCCGAGCAUCGGGAGCAGGAGCAGGAGCAGGAGCAGGAGCAGGAGCAGGAGCAGGAGCAGGAGCAGGGCCCAACAGCAGCCAAUGGGGCAGCAGCGCUGGAGUCAGGUGGCGGCGUGCCGGCGCUGGUGAUCACUCAGGCGGAGGAG